AUGCCUUCCCGUUUGGACGAAUCGAAACCGUUUGAUUCCAUGCGACCGGCUGCCGUCUUCCUACCCCUGGGCCUCCUGGUGCUCCUCGUUGGCGGCGGCGGCGGGCUCGGCUCUGCGGCCUGCUCGAGGGGGCGCCGACGCUGGCUCCUCGUCUUCGUCGCCGGCGGCUCCUGCAUAGUGAGCGGGAUUUUAACACUCAUCACCAUAGUCUUGUAUGUGGGCAGCGUGAGUUUGGCCUUUGAUUCAGUUUCGGGUCCCCUGCGGGUGGAAACGCGCUACGUGUACUCCUUCGGUGCGGCAUUUCGUCUCUGUGUAGGCGCCUUCAUCCUCAGCGAGUUCACUGGUGUCUUUUCUAUUUACCUUUUCCUGGCGGAAAUGCGACACCGACAAAACCUGCACAACAAGUCAACCUCCCUUCGUUACAAUCUGGCCGACAGCGUUUCCACCGACAUCGUUUCCCCCUCUGGCAUUUCCACAAAAAAGAAGCCAGUUGCUCAAAUCGCUCUCACCGAGAACUGUCUAGAUAAAGUUAAAGCCGGGGAUAAUUACUUGUUGCCAAUCAUCAAAAGACCUCCACUGUCCAAUAACGGACAUUUUCCCUUGUCGAAUCAUGUUGGUAACCCUUUCCACGUGAAAGUGAUGUCCUACACUAAGUCUUUAAACACCAGCCCAUUCAUAUCCACAUGCGCUACACACAGUCUUGAGUCGCUUGACCCCAUGGAAUACGUGAAAGGCAACAACUUAGACGAAGUGGUCUGUAGAGCUCCAAUGAAACGACGGCGAAUGGCCGGACACAGUUCGGGAUCGACAACCAACAUGCGCUCCGUCGGGAGGCUAAGACAAAGAAAUGCUAGGAGUGCUGGCAAUAUCCGUGCAGAAAUUGAACUUCCCGACUUUGUGCAGUUUACCAAAUCUGGCCGUUGUUCUAAGCAAACAUUGUUUUCUUGUCGGGAGUGCGAACUGUUGCUGAAACAACAUGGUCAAACACGGCAUUUUGGGAGGUCACCCAGUGAUAGAUCUCCCAGUCCACACCAGAUACCCACCUCUGAAACUCCUUCAACUAAUAUCGAGGAAUCAAUGACAUCUUCGGCCUCCUCAAGUUAUUCUUCCUGCCCUCAUAUCGGGGAGAAACAAUCUAACAAACUCUACUAUAGCGUUUCCCCACGUCGUUUGCCACGCUCACCUUGCAUCAGACAACGUAGCAUCACUUCUGUCCACAAGCAGAUCCCACGGCGCAUAAGUACUAAAAAAAAUCCACAACCCAUGACCGCUAGAGUAUAUGAUGAUACUACAAACUCAGAGUCUGAAAUGCUUCACAAUGAGAUUAUUCCUGUCGCUGUCUGUCGAUGUUCCAGCAAACUGCGUACGAACAGUUAUUCUGAAGUCGAUAAUUUUGUGCCAACAUCUGAGGUCUUUGUUGCAUGGUUGCCACUCCGGUGUCUACCGCGGAGUCAAGACGAAGAAAAAACGCUGCUCGGAGGUGCUGCCUCAGUUAAGCUUGAACAAGGUCCGAGUUAA